UGGGAGACCAGAUAUAGUGAAUGCAGGGUUCCUGGGAGACCAGAUAUAGUGAAUGCAGGGUCCAGGGAGACCAGAUAUAGUGAAUGCGGGUUCUGGGAGACCAGAUAUAGUGAAUGCAGGUCCAGGGAGACCAGAUAUAGUGAAUGCAGGGUCCUGGGAGACAAUGAUAUAGUGAAUGCAGGGUCCUGGGAGACCAGAUAUAGUGAAUGCAGGGUCUGGGAGACCAGAUAUAGUGAAUGCAGGGUCCAGGGAGACCAGAUAUAGUGAAUGCAGGGUUCUUCUGGGAGACCAGAUAUAGUGAAUGCAGGGUCCAGGGAGACCAGAUAAGUGAAUGCAGGGUCCGGGGGGA